AUGGACGAGGACCAGGAGAUGGAGAAGUUCGGAACAGAGAACGAUUUCGAGGGCGGCGAGUGGAUCGGCGGCGAGUUCUACUACAAGAAGCGCAGGGAUAAGCACGUCCAGACCAGAGAGGACGUUCUCUAUGGCGUUUUCCAGGCAAACUCAUCCGACUCGGACGGAGAGGGCGGCUCCUCCCGGCGGCGGAAGCGGAGGAAAGGCAAAGACGUCGAUCUCACCAAGCCUGUAAACUUCAUCUCCACAGGUACGGUUAUGCCUAACAAAGAAGUAGAUAAGAACUCUAAGGAAGAGAAGAAUGCUGAUGAUGAUAUGUUCGAGGAGGCGGAGAAUGAUGGCGGUAGGGCAGGUCUGGGCGCUGGUUCAGGGCUAGGGUUUAAUUCGGGCUUCAAUGGUAAUAGUAACGGUGUAGAAAGGGCUGAGGGAGCUGAACAGGGGGGUGGUAAUGCUAGUGAGGAUGAUGAGGUGCUUAAGUUUUUUCCAGAGGAGUUUGGUAGGAGCGUUAAGGAAAGGAAGGAGAGAGAGAGGUUGAAGAAGAAGGAAGAGAGAGAAGGCAGAGGUGGAGGGAAGAGGAAGGAGGCUGGUUUUGGAGAUAUUGGCAAGUUUGAGCAGCAUACGAAAGGGAUUGGUAUGAAACUGCUUGAGAAGAUGGGGUAUAAGGGAGGCGGGUUAGGGAAAAACAAGCAAGGUAUUGCUGCUCCUAUUGAGGCGAUUCUGAGACCCAAGGGAAUGGGUAUGGGUUACAAUGAUUACAAAGAGGUAUCGGCUAGUGUCCCUCAGGCGGACGAGAAGAAGGCUAUAACUCAGACCCAAAGUCAAGCAGCUGGCAGAUCGAAAGAGAAGUUGUGGCUGAAGGGAAAGAAAAAGAAAUUUGAGAGGUAUGUUACAGUGAAGGAGGUCUUGGAGAAGAAGGAAGAACAGGGAUUCGAGAUUACUCAGAAGGUGAUUGAUAUGAGGGGCCCACAAGUUAGAGUCUUGACUAAUUUAGAGAAUCUGAAUGCCGAGGAUGAGGCGAGGGACAAUGAUAUUCCUAUGCCAGAACUUCAGUACAAUAUUAGGUUGAUUGUAGACAUGGCAGAGGCAGAUAUUCAGAAAAUCGACAGUGAUUUGAGGAGAGAGAGGGACACAGCUACUGCUUUACAAGCAGAGAAGGAGAAGUUGGCAAAAGAUGAAGCACGCCAGAAGAAGCAAUUGGGUAACAUGGAGGAAAUCAUGGGCGUCAUGAGCCAUAUUGAAGAGCAGAAGGCCUUGGGAUCUUUAACAUUGGAUGAUCUCGGUAAAUGCUUUAGCGAGCUGCGGAUGAAAUUCCCAGAUGAGUACACCCUUGGCAACUUAUCUUGCAUUGCAUGUUCAUUUGCUUUGCCUCUGUUCAUUAGAGUGUUUCAAGGAUGGGAUCCUCUCACAAACCCAAUGCACGGGUUUAAACUAAUCGAGUCAUGGAGAACUCUACUUCAAGGUGACGAAAGCCAUCAUAUAUGGGAUGUUGGCACGCCUUACACACAGUUAGUCUCAGAAGUCGUCUGGCCUGCUAUUCAAGUAAAUGGAACAACUUGGGAGCCUAGGGACCCAGAGCCAAUGCUCAGAUUUCUGGAGUCUUGGGAGAAACUGUUGCCAGCUUCAGUUACUCAAAACAUAUUGGACAACGUAGUCCUCCAAAAGUUGUCAACUGCUGUCAACUCCUGGGACCCUCGUAUUGAGAGAGUUGCAAUCCAUGUUUGGGUGCAUCCAUGGCUGCCACAAUUGGGGCCAAAGUUAGAAGUAUUAUAUGAGACGAUUCAAAUAAAGCUGCGUAAUACCCUUGUUGAAUGGCAUCCAUCUGAUGCAUCAGCAUAUGCUAUCUUGUCACCAUGGAAAACAGUUUUUGAUCCCAUCAGUUGGGAAAAUCUGAUGAGAACAUCCAUUUUGCCCAAGUUGCAGGGUGCCCUUGAAGAUUUCCAGAUAAACCCUGCUAGUCAAAAUCUCAAUCAGUUCAAUUGGGUUUUGUCAUGGGCUUCUGUUCUCCCCAUUCACCUCGUGGUUGACUUGAUGGUGAGAUUUUUCUUUGUGAAGUGGCUUCAGGUUUUGUAUCACUGGUUGUGUACCAACCCAAACAUGCAGGAAGUUCAUAAAUGGUACGUGGGUUGGAAGGACCUUCUUCCUCCCGAGCUCCAGGCACAUGAGAACAUUCGGUAUCAGUUCACCAUAGCACUGCAGAUGAUCGAUCAGGCUAUAGAAGGUCAGACCAUUGCCCAACCCGGUUUGAGGGCGAAUCUCGGUUACCAUAGGGGACAAGAGCAGAGAGCAGCAGCAAUACCACCUGUGCAGCAAGCUGCAAUGGGUGGUGUAGUUGAGAUGAGUUUGAAAGAUGUAGUUGAGGCACAUGCUCAAGAAAACGGGUUGCAGUUUGUGCUGAAGCCUAAUAAGAUGCAUGAUGGUCAUCAGAUGUAUGGUUAUGGCAAUGUAAGUGUGUACAUGGAUACUUUGCAUCAGAAAUUGUAUGCUCUGAAUGGGCAGGAUUGGGUUCUCUCAGACCUUGAUAUGUUGCUUACAAUGCACUACAAUUCGCUUCGAAGGAACCGCUAA